AUGUCAAGAAUUAGACGAUUUAAUAGGAAGGUUCUUGGAUAUGAGACUGAUUUAAUGACAGAGUUUGAUUCAUUGGGAGGAUCUGAUGGCAUAAUAAUUCCCGAAGGCCCCAUUGAUAUUAUUGAACAAGAGGAACUGAUAGAGAAAUUUGAAGUGAAUUUGCUUGUUAAGAACCGAUGGUAUAUCAAUGCAGUUAGCCUUGCUUACAUUAUAUGCGCGGGUGUUUAUCUGAUGCUUCUAACAAAGAGAACAAAGAUGUCUUCAAUACCGCUAAUAUUAGGAUUUAACUCGAUAAUACUGUCAUUUUUGGCAUUAAGGUACCACCUUGUAAAUGACUAUGUCCUGCUUAGAUCACUCAAAUUAAAAUUAACCAAUCGCACUAUAGACAUACUAAAUAUCACACAGCUCAUUAUGAUAGAGUGGAUAGUAAUUGACGACUACAGAUCAGACACAUUGAUAUUGGUAUUUUUGCAUCUACCUGUUUUGCUAUUCUUAGUGCAAGCAUUAAUUAAGUUGUUACUCAGUGAAAUAGACAGUGAUUUGUCACAACUGCGAGACUUGAAAUACAAUUAUAAAAACGCAUAA